UGUUUCUGGUUCAGUUCUGGUUCAGUUCUGAGUGUGAGGCAGUGAGAGUGAAGGUGAUUAUCUCAUAAUCCAGUUAAGGUUUUAAAGAUCACGUGAAGAAGAGGAGCCUGCUUUCAUCCUUCCAUGGUUCCACCUCAGAGACACAACAGGUCUGAGGGACUGUCCACAAGAGGACAGGGCCCCGCAGGAGGACGGCUAAUCUCUCAGCAGACGUGGUCAACCAUCUUCCUCACUGGAAGGAAAAAACUGAGCUUCUACCUGCUGGUGAGCUCCGCCCACCUGUGGAUGCCCAUGGAGCAGCUGGUCAAACACUUGUCCAGGUGUCGGCAUCUGGGCUGGAUGGAGGUGAUUGAGCUGAAGAGCGCCUCCAUCCAUUGGCUGUCCUGUGGGCAGAAGGCGGAGCCUGAUGUUUGGACCAGGAUGUUCUGCAUCCUGUCAGACUCUCAGCUUCUGAUGCUGGAUGACUUGGAGGUUCAUCCUCUGCUGCUCACAGAGAGGGCGGAGACCUGCACCAUCUGGUUGCUAAGAUACACUCUACAUGUGACCCCAGCAGCUCCUGGCUCCGCCCAGAAAGACGUGGCAGAGAAGAGAAUACGGAGACAGAGCAUGCCCAGUGGCUCCAUGGUGGACAGACCCCCAACCCGGGUGACGGGAUUCCUAUCCCACAGGCUCAAGCAGUCUCUGCGCCGCACUCGCUCUCAGCCCAAACUUUCGCGUCACAUCAGCCUGAAGUCCGACUCCACCAAAGCUGCAGACAGCAGGUAACCUGACUGACCGAGGCCUGAUCACACCGGGGCAGACAAAGCAAGCACAGAG